GUUAACAUCAUAUCCUAACCUAAAUUUAUUGUUUACAUUUGUCGUAAUAGUGUACUUUGUCUGCUUAUAUUUUACCAACUUGGAUUAUUAUAAGCAUUUUCAACAAUCAAUAAAACGACGAUUUAAAAUAAAAUGUCGUCUUCUUCAUCUUCGAAUGAAAAUAUACACGGCAGAUUACUUUGGCAAACUAGCAGUGAGGAUUCUUCAGAUUCUGAAAAUGAGAAUCGAGUGAAAAGUCCAAGAGCCCCUCGAAAUUUUAGAAGACGAGUAGAUCACUUACACGUUGGAAUGACGAAGAAUUUCGAGUAAGAUUUCGCCUUAGUAAGGAAACAGUAACAAUGCUAGAACAGAGAUUUCAUAAUGUUUUAACACCGAAAACUGAAAGGAACUAUGCAGUAACAGCAAUGCAGCAAAUUCUGCUUGUGCUUCGCUUUUGUGCUACAGGAUGUAUGUUGCAAACUGUUGGAGAUUUCACUGGAAUCCAUAAGACUACUGCAUGUAGAAUUGUAAAACGUGUUAUUGGUAUAUUUGCAUCUUUAGCACCAGAAUACAUCCAUAUGCCAAACACACAAGAAGAAAUUGAUGAAGUAAAAAGGAAAUUUUAUACUAUUGCAAAGUUUCCUCGCGUAAUAGGAGCCAUCGAUUGCACUCAUGUGAAAAUAAUUUCCCCAGGUGGAGCUAAUGCUGAGUAUUUUAGAAAUAGAAAAGGAUAUUUUUCUAUAAAUGUACAAGUAGUAGCUGAUCCAAAUUUAUUGAUAAGGAAUAUUGUUGCCCGAUGGCCUGGUUCAACGCAUGAUCAAACAAUACUGAACAAUAGCUCAAUAAAGGCACAGUUUGAAAAUAAUAGAUUUGGGAACUCUGUAAUGCUGGGAGAUUCAGGAUAUGCAUUGAAAAAAUACUUAAUAACACCUAUUGUUAAUCCAACAACUGAAGUGGAACAAGUAUUUAAUGAAUCCCAAAUUAGGAGUCGAAAUCCAGUUGAAAGAUUAUUUGGUGUUUUAAAAAGAAGAUUUCCUGUUCUCUCCCUUGGUAUAAGAUUAUCUCUGGAGACCGCACAGACUCUUAUUGUAGCAUGUGCAGUUCUUCAUAAUAUAGCAGUUAAUAUGAACGAGCCAGAACCUCUCCAAGAUGAUGAUCAGAAUAGAGAAUGGGAGGAAGAAGAAAAUGUGAAUGGAAAUGAUGUUCAUAGGUUGGAACAUAACUUUAGAGAAGAAUUUCUUAUAUACUUUAUGAAUCUAUUAGAAGAAAAUCAAUAAACUAUUUUGUAUGAUAAUUUAUUGAAAUAUAUUUAUAAAUGUAUUUGCAA